AUUGACCUAAAGCAGUCCCUGGAAACACAGGGUCCGUUUGACCUUCUUGUCCACAAGGUCACUGACCUGCUUGCAAAGGCCAUUGAUGGUCAUCAGUCUUCCAAACGAGCUGUCCAUAAUCUGGAGGUAGGUGUGUGUAUGGUGGAGAGUGGGGGGGUCAGGGAACUGUGAAGGGGGCAUUCCCCCUGGGCGCAAACACCAAAACGGGGGGGGGGGGGCUUGCAUAAUCGUCUUUAGAUAUGAGCUUCAUAUUGAAUUAAGGUUAAAAUACCAUAGGACAAGGGGGCGCCACAAUGUCUUUUGUUCUACCUAGUGAUGGGUGCCAUGUUCAAGCUUGGUCCCGGGGCCUCGGGAAGGAGACAUUUGUUGCCGUGAAUAGUUGUUGAGCAUGUUUUCCUUGUCCAAGUACAUAAGAGGCAGUUCUGUCGUGAAGGUGUCUGCCUGUGUCUGGUCUGAGGACGGCAGGUGGUCAAGCCAACAUUUAUCUCAUUAGUUUAUUAUUGUUAUUAGACAGGGCGACACGAUUAUCAAGAGCAAAGAGUCAAAGUCUUCUACUACUAAAUCAAGCUCGUAAUAUAUGGCAUUGGAUUAAAGUCAGCCAGACCUGAGAAUUCAAAUAAAAAAAUUACAAUUCACAUGGUUUAUAUUUGUUGAUAAAUAACAACCAAAUAUUUAAGAUUAUAAUUGGGUUGAAAAGAAAUGAGCUGAGGUAUACAGGAAGUUAGCAAUUUAAAAAAAAAAAAGAUUUAACAUGGAGGUUUACAUGCAGUGUCCGUAGAAUCCUGUACACCCCCCUCGCACCUUUGUCCGCUUUGAAACGCCCCCGCCUCUUUGGACAUGUCAUUUAUCAACGACCACCCCCCCCCCCCUUGGAUGUCCUUUAGGAACGACCCCCCCCCCCCAUGCACACACGCACACAAACACAAUCUUCUUUACGGAAGUUAUUUAUAAACGGCCCCUUAUGAAAUAUAGAGCUACUCAUAAAAAUGGACUUCCCAUUGCCGCGACCCUUGAAUUUUCUUGUGUCGUGGCGACCCACAGCCACACAAUUAUUUUCUUUGCUAAUUCAUAGCUGUAAGGAUAUGUGUUUUCUUAGGCGACCCCUGGGAAAGGGUCGCGAUCCACAGGCUGAGAACCGCUGACUUAAGGGAUGGAAACUUGAAAAAAAAAACACCUCGUGUCACGCAGCUCUAACCCCGGUCCCCAACAGCUAACCCCGGUCCCCAACAGCUAAUCCCGGUCCCCAACAGCUAACCCCGGUCCCCAACAGCUAACCCAAUAGCUAACCUUGGUCCCCAACAGCUAACCCCGGUCCCCAACAGCUAACCCAAUAGCUAACCUUGGUCCCCAACAGCCAACCCCAACAGCCAACCCCAACAGCCAACCCCAACAGCCAACCCCAACAGCCAACCCCAACAGCCAACCCCAACAGCCAACCACAACAGCUAACCCCAACAGCUAACCCCGGUCCCCAACAGCCAGCCCCAAAAGCAAACCCUAGACCCCAACAGCCAACCCCAACACCCAACCCCAACACCCAACCCCACCAGCCAACCCCAACCGCCACCCCCAACAGCUAACCCCAACAGCUAACCCCGGUCCCCAACAGCCAGCCCCAAAAGCUAACCCUAGUCCCCAACAGCCAACCCCAACGGCUAAUCCUCCCCAACACCCAACCCCAACACCUAACCCCGGUCCCCAACAGCCAACCCAGUCCCCAACAGCUAACCCUGGUCCCCAACAGCUAACCCUGGUCCCCAACAGCUAAUCCCGUUCCCCAAUGGCUAACCCCGGUCCCCAACAGCUAACCCUGGUCCCCAACAGCUAACCCUGGUCCCCAACAGCCAACCCCAACAGCUAACCCCGGUCCCUAACAGCAUACCCCAACAGCCAACCCCGGUCCCCAACAGCUUACUCUUGUCCCCAACAGCCAACCCCAACAACUAACUCCGGUCCCUAGCGGCUAACUCUAGUCCCCAACAGCCAACCCCUAACAGCCAACCCCGGUCCCCAACAGCUAACCCCGAUCCCCAACAGCUAACACCGGUCCCUAACAGCCAACCCCUUCCCCAACAGCUCACCCCGGUCCCCAACAGCCAAGCCAAGUGUUGACCCGACGGCUCGGUGGCCCAUACUUUCUUGAACUUAGCCUUAGGAGACCUCAGUUCUUGUUGGCCGGUUUGAUCACCACUGACCGCGUCGCUCUUCUGACCCCAACGUUAAAAUUUGCCGCUCAAUGGAAACCCAGCAGGGAGGGGGUGGGGCUUGUUUUGUUCUGGUAGUUCUUGCCGUCGACAAUGCCGUUGAAGUUGGGUGGCCAUUGUUGUGAACGUGUCCAGGAUUGAUCUAUUUAUAGGCACCGUCACCUUGUAUCCGGAAAUUUGUUUGAAAGAAAUUUCGUCGGAAGUUUGGUCGAACCGGUCUGCACUGAGCUAGAGCAAAGUCUUCUCUCCACCGAUAGUGACGCAUAAGCCCGCUGCCGUCCUUGUGACGUGGCACGUGACAGCAGUCUUGAGUGCUCCGUUUUUCCAGUUUGGUUCGGUCCACAGCUAUGACGUUGGUGGCGUUAGAUUCUUUCACCGGAGCAGUUUGAACAAAGAGACGCCAAUGACCGAGGCAGGCCAGGCGUAACUGGUGAACGGUGGAGUUGCUCGUCAGUUCGCACACGUCAUAGCUGAUCUGCCAGUGAUUCACUGCCACUGGUGUACUGUAGCCCGCCCCCCCCCCCCAUAUUUAUGUGGCCUACUUCCACAAACCGGCCUGAUCAGGUGCUUAGGCACGAUACACUUGGUUCGAUAGAGCACAUGGCAGCGGGUCUCACUCUGUUGGUAGCUGUUUUCUGCGUUAUUGGGUUACAUAGGGGUCUGAUCUACUCAGUGUGUUAAUGAAAGAUAGAAAAAAAUCUUAAAAGCCUAUUUCAUAAGGAUCCUCAUGAUUCCAGAGGUUCUCACGUUUCAGUAGCUGUAGAUUUUUUAUGACAGAAAAACCUCCAACACUUUCAAUGUAAACCUCAGCGGGCCACUCGGGUCAAGUCAGGAGUAAAGUAGUUGAAUCAUGUGUUGUCCAGUUUCAACUUGCUGCCUCCUAAGGGUAGGAGGAGUCGCCGAAAAGGGCUAUACAACAGGGGUUCCCAAUCUGCGUGCACCUGUCAAGUGCUCAGAGACCACUCCAGGAAACACGUCAUUAACUUGUAAGUUUUAAGGAAUAAGCGAAGCGAAAUAUGGGGGGGGGGGAGCGCAAAACAACAACGAACGUGUCGGCAAGAAGCCUUCAGCCGCGAACAAACAACAGUAAAAAGAAUAAAAACAUAGGGCAGGGAUAAGGGGCUUCCCCAUAGAAAUUGGUUUAUUUAGGGCUCCGUAAGUCAAAAGGCUGGGAACCACUGAUAUAUAUUUAUACAAUAGAUAGUGUGUUAUAGAGUUGAUAGUUUUGCACCGCGUGGAGUUUCGAGCUUACGACACAGCAUUAUCGUGUGUAUCAUGCUUGAGUGUCAACUGUAAUGCCGGCCGGUAUGAUUGCAAACGGGUUCUCGCGUACAACCGGGCCGAACUGCUUUCCUCGGGCUGUUCCAUGGUCCCUAAUAAGCUUGUCAUCUUGGUUGUGAGCUUACCGGCUUUCGCGUUGCCAACUGUGACAGUUGCCAAUAGUCACACAACAAACCUUGAAGGGACAAUCAACUAUUGAACGACAGACUACACUCAACUAUUCAACAUAUUGUUGUACAAGAUAGUGGACGUAACGACUGGUGACUUUUGACACAUGGCCGAUGUGGUUAGCAGACCUGUUUACCCCCAAACUCUUAAAAUCGUACAGUAUCAUAACAAAAUCGUUCAAUACAUUAUCUUAAUAGUAAAAAAACACACAGUGUAUAUAAUGCAUACACCUCAAAAUCGUACAUUGUACGCCAAAAUCGUAAGAGUAAACAGGUCUGGGUUAGGCUUGAUGUGUUAAGGUUGUGGGUAACUUUCAAGACGUGGCCGAUGUGGUUAGGCUUGGUGUGUUUUGGGGUGUGGGCCGGUUGCACCGUGGUGUAGGCAUUGUUGUUAGUUAACCUGGCUAAACUUGUUGGUUAAACAGCUGGUCAUAUGGGAGAAAUGUGGGCCUUUUAAUUGUGUUUUUUGAACGUUUAUUUCCACAUGUGGUUGUCAUUUUUUAGAAUCUCAAUCUAUUCGGUUAGAUUAUCAUAUGACACCUAUGGUCACCUUGGACACCUUUUGGGGCAGGGGUGAGGAUCACCUAUAAGGGGGGUAGAGAGGGGGUGAGGGGAUCUGCACUAUCCCAUGGGACUGGGGGUAUAGAGGGGUGAGGGGAUCUACACUAUGCCACUGGACUGGGGGCGGGGGGGUUAGAGAGGGGGUGAGGGGAUCUACACUAUGCCACGGGACUGGGGGCGGGGGAGGAUGGGUGAAGUUAACCUUUAAAGGAUCCCCACUAAAGCGUGAGGGGUGAGGAUAAACUACACGGGAUCUCCACUCUAUUACAGGACUGUUCAUCUUGCUGUUGUUAUGUGUUUGUGCAAUGUCAAUAAUGGGGAGAUAUGGUACAGGUGGGUGGAUAGGGCUGUGGUCCAGGUGGGUGGCCAGGCUAAUACUCCAUGUAGGUGGCUAGGCUAUUGUCAGGUGGGUGGUAGGGCCGUGGUCCAGGGGUGUGGUAGGGCUGUGGUCCAGGUGGGUGGUAGGGCUGUGGUCCAGGUGGGUGGUAGGGCCGUGAUCCAGGUGGGUGGUAGGGCCGUGGUCCAGGGGUGUGGUAGGGCCGUGGUCCAGGGGUGUGGUAGGGCUGUGGUCCAGGUGGGUGGUAGGGCCGUGGACCGUGGUUCAGGGGUGUGGUAGGGCUGUAGUCCAGGUGGGUGGUAGGGCCGUGGUCCAGGUGGGUGGUAGGACCGUGGUCCAGGUGGGUGGUAGGGCCGUGGUCCAGUUAAUGGAAAGGGCUGUUAUCCAACAUAUAAGGGUAACAUAUAAGGGUAAAAAUGAGUUCAAUAUAUUUUAUGGUAAUCAUAAAGUCUAACAUAUUAGAGGGGGUAAAUAGAUUAUCGCUGGGACAACGGCAUUUUUUGGCCAUGUGUAAGACAUUGUUCCUCUCCAACAUAUUUUUAAAAUAAAGAUAUCAUCAGCAAAAGUCAAUAUAACCAAUAUCUAUGGUGUGAGAUUAUUGAUUGAUUUGUUGGAUGACGACAGAUCUAUCAAGUAGUGUUCAAGUGGUACCAUCAAGUACGCAGCCAGCCAGCCUAUGUUGACAGAAACAAGUCGCCGCCAAUAGCAACUGAUCAACGGACCUCGGCCAACCAAUUCCUGGACCACUUUCAACUUUUGGCACCCAACAGUAGGAAUGACCGGACACAAGGGUUCAAGCAUUGAACAGAUAGUGGACCAGCUACUGGAAUCAUUGACUGAACACAGGAAAACUGACCCCCACCCACACCUACCAAAAAAACCAUUGGUUGUAAUGUGUGGACUUUAGGUCUAUCAAAACGACUGCCGACCCGACCGACUAUUUGAUCUGUGUGUGUGCAGUGGUCAAUAGAGGUCUCUUCCCAACAUUUGAUAUGUAUGUGUGUGCAGUGGUCAAUAUAGGUCUCUUCCCAACAUUUGAUGUAUGUGUGUGUGCAGUGGUCAAUAGAGGUCUCUUCCCAACAUUUGAUGUAUGUGUGUGUGCAGUGGUCAAUAGAGGUCACUUCCCAACAUUUGAUGUGUGUGUGUGCAGUGAUCAAUAGAGGUCUCUUCCCAACAUUUGAUAUGUGUGUUGAAAAGGUCAUGAACAGAUAGUAAAACCUUAUGUCUAUCUACCUCCCAAUGUCCACUACCUCACAAUAUCCAUCCACUCACAAUGUACACUACCUCACAAUGUCCACUACCUCACAAUGUCCACUACCUCACAAUGUCCACUACCUCACACUGUCCACUUACAAUGUCCACUACCUCACAAUGUCCACUACCUCACAAUGUCCACCCACUCACAAUGUCCACUACCUCACAAUGUCCACUACCUUACAAUGUCCACUACCUUACAAUGUCCACUACCUCACAAUGUCCACUACCUCACAAUGUCCACUACCUCACAAUGUCCACUUACAAUGUCCACUACCUCACAAUGUCUACUUACAAUGUCCACUACCUCACAAUGUCCACUUACAAUUUCCACUACCUCACAAUGUCCACUUACAAUGUCCACUACCUCACAAUGUCCUCUUACAAUGUCCACUACCUCACAAUGUCUGUCCACUUACAAUGUCCACUACCUCACAAUGUCCACUUAAAAUGUCCACUACCUCACAAUGUCCACUUAAAAUGUCCACUACCUCACAAUGUCCACUUACAAUGUCCACUACCUCACAAUGUCCGUCCACUUACAAUGUCCACUACCUCACAAUGUCCACUUACAAUGUCCACUACCUCACAAUGUCCACUUACAAUGUCCACUACCUCACAAUGUCCACUUAAAAUGUCCACUACCUCACAAUGUCCACUUAAAAUGUCCACUACCUCACAAUGUCCAUCCACUUACAAUGUCCACUACCUCACAAUGUCCACUUACAAUGUCCACUACCUCACAAUGUCCACUUAAAAUGUCCACUACCUCACAAUGUCCACUUACAAUGUCCACUACCUCACAAUGUCCGUCCACUUACAAUGUCCACUACCUCACAAUGUCCGUCCACUUACAAUGUCCACUACCUCACAAUGUCCACUUACAAUGUCCACUACCUCACAAUGUUUACUUACCUCAUACUUUCAGGCAUGUUUUACAUCUAUAAAUCUAUCAGUUACUUCAGGAUACUAUUUCUAGAUUUCUAUAAAUCAAUUCCUGAAACUAUUAGGAUGUUUCUAGUUUGUUUUAGUAAUCCCUUCAAUACACUAUUACUAUAUUUCUAUCAAUCACCUAGUGAUACUAUCACUAACAAGCCAUAUAUUGACACCCCCACCCCCCCUUUCCUUCUUGUUGUGGAUGAUGACAGAGAUGUUUCCAAUGUAUUUUGAGAUGUUUCACACAAUUGAGCAGUCUCUACCUUAGAUGUUGACCACGCUAAUUUUCAUAGUUCUUGACCACACUCACUUUCUACAAUUUCGUUUAAGUGAUUAGGAAUGUCUUUGUUAUCUUAUAGUGAUUAGGAACGUCUUUGUUAUCUUAUCUCCCCUGAAUUGAGCUUUUGACACCAUGUUUAAAUGAGACCUAUUUUUAUAGUGCGCCCCCCCCCCCCCCCCCCCCGGUUGGGGGGGGGGGGGGUUCAAGAUCAAGUUAGAGAAUGGUAUUUUUCCUCUGGUGUGUCACGAAAUGUGCACAAAAAGUGUUUUGAGGUAAAUGAAGACACAUUGUCGUGACAGUUGUUUUGUCAUUGUGCCUAAUUAAUAUGAUACUUGUAAUGCAAUACAACUUUUUCUAAUUUAACGGAACAAUAAUAAAAAAAUUUCUCGUGGAUACAACUACUAACUGAAAUGGCGUCGCAGAGUAGCCAAUAGGUUUUGCACACUUGAAUGGUGUCAAUGCUUUCUAGUAAUGGUUUUGAGUGUGGGCUACCACAGCUUGAAGGCAACUUGAUUAGGGUAAACCUUUGUCAAGAGUCAACAUUUGGCUAUGUAUAGAGUAAACCUUCUAUUUAAAAAAAGUGUCUCUCCUGGUAAAUCAUGAGCUUUAAUGGAUAAUAUUAAACUUUUCUUUACCUAAAUAGAAGGGUUGGCCACUGAAAAUUAUUCAAUGAAAGCACAGUGUUUACAUCUUAAAAAAGAGGAAAAUUUGAACUGUAAAUACCAGUUAAGAGAAUGUGUGUAUUUAAUUUAUUUUAAUAAUAUAAUUAGAUGUGUCCUUACUAUUAAUUGUUGCACACAAGAUAAUGUGUUUUAUUGUGCAUGGUGUGUUAUGAGAGAGUCAGUGAGUUAGUUAAUGAACCCCUUCCUGCCAUUUUCUUGCUGAGCUAUAUUUAUAGUAAUGAUGACAUAUUGUCUAGACUGUCGUCUUAUUGUCAGCAGGGGUUGAAAGAACUUUGUGGGGGAUGAUUGUGUCUAUUUCUCCUCCUUAAAGCCAGCUGGGUGAUACAUGUCUGAUGAAAAGUACAAGUGUUAGAUAAGUUUACAGAGUAAAGUUACAUUACUAAUGGAAAAGGACUUGUUAGUACACAACAAAUGAACGUGUCAAGAGUCUGAUGAAGGAAACCAAUCAAACAUCUGACACUCUGACACACUUACAUUUAUUUUCAAAUUAUAAUUUAAAUUUGUUUUUCAAAGCUAUGAGCUAUGUUUGUUUUUACAGACUUACAUCCAAAGUCAUCCAACCAAUGUUUAUAUUUACAGACUUACAUCCAAAGUCAUCCAACCAAUGUUUAUAUUUACAGACUUACAUCCAAAGUCAUCCAACCAAUGUUUAUAUUUACAGACUUACAUCCAAAAUCAUCCAACCAAUGUUUAUAUUUACAGACUUACAUCCAAAGUCAUCCAACCAAUGUUUAUAUUUACAGACUUACAUCCAAAAUCAUCCAAACAAUGUUUGUACUUACAGACUUACAUCCAAAGUCAUCCAGCCAAUGUUUAUAUUUACAGACUUACAUCCAAAGUCAUCCAACCAAUGUUUGUACUUACAGACUUACAUCCAAAGUCAUCCAACCAAUGUUUGUAUUUACAGACUUACAUCCAAAGUCAUCCAACCAAUGUUUAUAUUCACAGACUUACAUCCAAAAUCAUCCAGCCAAUGUUUGUAUUUACAGACUUACAUCCAAAGUCAUCCAACCAAUGUUUAUAUUUACAGACUUACAUCCAAAAUCAUCCAGCCAAUGUUUAUAUUUACAGACUUACAUCCAAAGUCAUCCAACCAAUGUUUGUAUUUACAGACUUACACCCAAAAUCAUCCAACCAAUGUUUGUACUUACAGACUUAUAUCCAAAGUCAUCCAACCAAUGUUUGUAUUUACAGACUUACAUCCAACCAAUGUUUAUAUUUACAGACUUACAUCCAAAAUCAUCCAGCCAAUGUUUAUAUUUACAGACUUACAUCCAAAGUCAUCCAACCAAUGUUUGUAUUUACAGACUUACAUCCAAAAUCACCCAACCAAUGUUUGUACCUACAGACUUAAUCCAAAGUCAUCCAACCAAUGUUUGUGUUUACAGACUUACAUCCAAAGUCAUCCAACCAAUGUUUGUGUUUACAGACUUACACCCAAAAUCAUCCAACCAAUGUUUUUACUUACAGACUUAAUCCAAAGUCAUCCAACCAAUGUUUGUAUUUACAGACUUACAUCCAAAAGCAUCCAGAAUGUGUGGUCUUGGACCCGCUGGACAGCAUUCGUCGGCUGCUGGACCGCUACACCCAGUAUCAGAGGGUGUCUUCCUCAGGCAUCAUGAAAGGUGAAACCUAUGUCACUGCUGGGUGUCCAGUGAAAUCUUUCAUCUUGUUCAUUUUGCCAAGUUAAAAACUUGCUAUUAUUUCAAUAUUAAUGAAGUUAUCUUAAGCAGUUAUGUAGGUAAAACAUUAUUUAAUUAUACAACAAUCAGUGGUUUGUUAUGAAUGGUGUCCUCAAGUUUCAAAUGUUAACUUUCAAUACAUUACAUAUGUCAUUUUCCAAUGAACCUUUUCAAAUUUAUUUUGGGUAUUUGUGGCCCAUCUUUUCCUGUAUUUUAGACCAUCGUUGCAUGAUACCCACUUUUGUGGAGCUUAAUUCUACAGACAUUGAAGAGAACAAGGAUAAGCUAGCCAAAGCUGGUGUGACAUUCCCAUUGGGUGAGUCUUGCAUCUUAGUUCACUUAGUCCAAGCAGGGGUUUUCCCACCUAACUCUUCAAAUAAUAUUUAUUAUUUUUAAAAAACGAACAAUUAAGCUUAUUUUAAAAUUGUACACUGCAUGGGGCCUUCAUUCAACAUACCCAUUAAAUAUUCAACCUUUUAAAAUAUUUUUACAAGGACUUAUAGAUCGAUGUAAAAAUUGUAUUCUUCAUCCCUCUUGAAACUUGACACCAUUUUCCCAUAAGUGUGUAGUUCCAAUAGAGUAGCUGGCCCUGAAUUACAUGAGUGAUUUCAACUAUUUAAUCUUGCUGUAUUUUUGUGAUUUAAAAAGAAAUUCUUAUGUAACGUUUGCUCUUGGAUUGACAAGAAAGAACAAAAUUCCUUAUUUAUUUAUUUUACACAAAUAUUUUUUGAGGUGACAAAGAUCCUGUAUUUAUUUGUUUACAAAGUGGAAAUUUAUUUUUAGAUAUAAGAAGUAUUGCAAGUGUCUGGAAAGGGCUUUGGAAAAGAGAGGGGGGGGGGGUGUAAAGCAAGUUAUGUUUCAUCAAUAUUUAAAUUUAAUGAAUGUUGCAGGUGUUUUAGGGAAAAUAUGUGUGUCAAUUAUUAUGAUUUUACAAAAAACUUAAUUGGGUGGAAACUGUGAAAAGCAUGCAUUUGCCACCCGAACCCACCAUGCAGCCAUUUGUUCUACUCAAAAUGGACCAAAACAUGCUAAACUCUCAAGUUUACAUACAGAAACACAAAAACUGACACACAGAAACACACUUACUAAAACCAUUCUUAUUGCAGUAUGCAAGCCUAUUCUGGCCCAUGGAUCAACCUAUGCUCAUCAGGUAUCUUUAGGCAAUCAUAAAAACAUAUUAUCUUCAUCUUCUCUCUUUUUCAUUUUAUUUCUAUAAGAUAAUUUUGUGAUUGAUUUCCUCACUAAUAUCUAGUAAUUAGCUCCCUGUCUAAUGCACUUGUCAUGUCAUGUUAUAAAUCCUAUUGGUAUUAAUAUGAUUUUUUGUAUUUCAGUUUUUAAUAAGAUUAAUUUGAUAUUAAUAGAUUUUAAUAAGUAGAACAAAGCACAGUAAGGGCACAUUCUGUUUUAUAAAUGUCUCUCAUUAUUAUAAUAUUUUAAAAUUAUGAUAUAUAUUUACAAACAUUUAUAAGGAAAUUGCAUAGAUCACACUUUAAUCUUUGGAAAUGUACCUUUUCUUUAUUAUAUACAUGAUAGUGCCUUAUAAACAAAUGUUUAAAAAUGCAACUAAUUUCUAAAGUAGCUUUCAUUGAUAGAUAUUUCAUUUGAUAUUUAGAAUUACAGGUCAUGAUUUAAUCUGGCCUGAAUUUCUAUUCCUUAGAUGUCCAUUAUCUUCAAUGAAGAGUCUUUGAAAGAUAUUGACCCACCGUGUGUUGCCCAGUCUUUUAUCAACCACAAUGCGAUCUUAUAUAAGAUUCUAGUUGUUGGCUGCAAGCAGUUCAUUAUUCAGAGGCCGUCUCUUAAGAACCUCUAUCCAGGACGUAAGUAUUUUUUUAAAAUCUCUAUUUAAAAACAAUACAAAUCACCCUGGACUCAUUAAAAUAUUAAAUUACAGAGGAAGAGGAAAAGACUGAACAAACAUAAAUAUUAUUGCAGUAUAUUAAAGUUUAUCUUGAGGUAUUUUUUAUUGUAUGCAUUGUUACAUUUUUCAAAUAUGUCAGCUCACCUAUUUUCUUUGUUUUAAUUCACUCAACUAUUGUUUUUUUGUGUGCAUUUCACCCAUUUUCUUUGUUACAGCUCACCCAACUAUUUUCUUUGUUACAGCUCACCCAACUAUUUCCUUUGUUACAACUCAUCCAACUAUUUCCUUUGUUACAGCUCACCCAACUAUUUCCUUUGUUACAACUCAUCCAACUAUUUCCUUUGUUACAGCUCAACCAACUAUUUCCUUUGUUACAGCUCAUCCAACUAUUUUCUUUGUUACAGCUCACCCAACUAUUUCCUUUGUUACAGCUCACCCAACUAUUUUCUUUGUUACAGCUCACCCAACUAUUUUCUUUGACACGCAGGAAGUGUCCAAGGCUGAUUCAGAUCAUCCCCUGAAUGCUGUGAGUUAAAACUAUUCUAGUGGUGAACCUCUCUUGGGGCCAUCCAUAUUUUGACAACUGAGGGGGAUGCCAUUUCCAUAUUACAAUUGAGGGGGGUGAUGCCUUCCCAAAUUAUGACAAGGGGGGGGGGGGGGGGCUUCUUGGUUGUGGAGAUUUUUGCAUAUGGGUAGGGGAGGGAGCCUUUCCUGAAAGUAUGAACAAUAACAUAUGACAACUUAGGGGAAUUCUUGAUUUUGGAGAUUUAGCAUAUCAGUGGGUGUGUCAUGGGAGGAGGCUUGCUGUAUCAUUAACAAUUAAAUGUGUUUUAUUGUUAUUUUAUGCUAUUUUUAAAUUCAGUUCUUCUUAGCCUAUUUUACCAGAAAAUAUCUCACCUGCCUAAGCAAAGGAACUUAACUCCCUUUAAAAAUGUAGAUGAUAUUUCAUAAAGAAACAAAGUAUAAAAUGUGCGAAGUCAUUGUUAUAUAAAUUUUUAUUACAUAUAAAAUUGAAUUAACUUUUAUAAUCACUAAAAACUAUGGUUAUUUAGAGAAUAACCUUUCAGUUAUCUCUGAAGUUGAAUUUUCACAAGGUCACCAUGGUCACACACAUGCACUAAACCCCCCCCCCCCCCUCCCAUGGGCAGUAUAUCUACUAUUGUAACAGUAUAAAUUUCGGAAGUCAGUUACAUAUAUCUAAAAGAUGAUCAAUAUCCUUUUCUACAUUAAUUUCAAUAAGUUCUAUAUCAAUAUGUUUGUUUUAUCAUCUAAACUUGUUAGGUUAGUAAACUUAGCAUGUCAUCGUCACCCAUGAACUUAGAAACCCUUGCUGAACUUUAUGAAAAGGACUCUUGUGACUUUGUAACAAAAGAAGAGAAAAGCAUACAGAUUUCUUCAAGUCAACAAAAAAAAGGGCUGCACUCUUGUAGAAAAUUAAAUGAUCUUAAAUGUCAAUUUCCAGGUUGACUAUGCCACACUGGAGAAUCAGCCGACCAAACCAGACUGGGUUUAUCUUGACCGUUUGGGUCAGAGCAUGAGGGAGGCGAUGGAACUUGAUCUGUUUGGAUUUGAUGUUAUCAUUGAUAGUGAGACCAACCAGUAUGGUAUCAUUGACAUCAACUUCUUUCCAGGUAACUUUUACUUUUAGCAUUUUAAUCAACAUGGAACCAAUCUUUAUUAUGUACUAUUCAAUUUGUCCUGUCAAAAAUGACUAAUAUCUGACCAUAUUAGGAGUCGUUAGCAAAUUACGUCACGCUCGGGGGGNCCCCCCCCCCCCCCCCAGGUCCUAUUUUCAUUCGACCCGCGCACAAGUUUUUGAAUACAUCAUUACGGCCCUCCUUAAAAUUUUCCUAAUUUUGAAAAAAAACAAUCUUUAUUUAAUUAAUUUUAAAAACAUUAAUUUGAGUUCGAAAUUGCCUCCGGUAUUAUAGGUACUAGGAAACUCAGUUUUGUAAUAAUACUACAUCUUAACCCAUUAUGGGAAAAUGUAAAAGAAUAAAAUCAAAUCUUAGUUUAGUUAAGAAAAUGUUAUGCAUGUUUUGAAUUUUUUUUAGGUGUGGCGUGACACUGAGGGGGGGGGGGGGGGUUAAAGAAUUUGUGACACUUCGUGACGGGGGGGGGGGUUAUCUAAAGAGGUAAAUUUUAGCGUGGCGUAAUUUACGGAAGACCACAAAAUAUUUAGUGUACAGCCAGUUGCCAGUCAGAUCGCAUAAAAAAUAGUUUCGUUUCUUAUUAAAAUUAUGGUCUGGGCUGUGUUGUGUUGGCUAGAGUACACAUCUUUAGACAAGUUAAUUUCCUAGACUUGUAAUAAAUCUCUUUUUUUUUUUGCUUUUCACCUUAAUAAAAUAAAUUGUAAAUAUUGGCAUUUAAUUCCUUGAACAUAUUACAUUGUGUGAAAAAUAUUUUCUUUCAAUACAAGUCAUUUCCAUUAUAUAUUUAUAUCUAAUGUUUAUAGGUUUUGAAGCUAUAGACAACUUCUUUGGUAUUUUACUUGAGCACAUUGUCAAAGUUUUGGAUGCAAAUGACAAGGGGGAGCUUGUCAAUGGCCGGCUGCAGCCUCCUCCACAUGAUCCCGCAAGUAUGAACAUUCUAAACCAACUUAACCUGGAGGCUCGCAGGUCAUCUGAGAAUCAGGUUAACAACAUCUCAUGGCCAUCCAUGUCCCCAUCUCCUGUCAUUGAUCUCAGCCCCAGGGGAUCGGAGAAGAGUCUUUCAGCAGAGAAAUCAUGCAGUCUGCACAUAGGAGGGAACAAUAAUGUGAUAGCUUCUGGUGGGGCCAGCCAGGUGGGGGACACUUCCAACACCUAGUCAUAGAAACUAAGCAUGAUGCACAUCUUUGCAGAAUCUAGGAUUUGUUCAUGGUAUUGGAUAUCUUCCUGGUUAGCUAUUAGAUAAACAACAAAACGUCAACCUUCCAAGUGGAUUGUCAACAGAUUUUUUUUUCCCCCUUGAACUGUUUACUCUUACUGCUGUUGUCAGUCAUGUACAGAUUUUAUACAUUGAGUGUAAAUAAUCACUGAACCUGGUUUGUUACUUCAACUUAGAGAUAUGAAUUACCCAUUUCAGGUUUAAGCGUCCUUUUAUUAUUCAGUGUAACCUUAUAUUCUAAUUCAUAUUACAAACGUUGAGUAUGAUUAAUUAAUAAAUAUAAAUAUAUUUAAUUUCACAUAUUCAACAGUGAAAAGGUUAUAUAAUAUAAUUACAGCUUAUUGUUAAUUAGUGUAUUUAUAAAACGAUAAUAGAGGUUUUAAAAAAAGCAAAAAAAACAAACAUUUUAUGAAAGGGAUUCAUUUAAAAUCAAACUAUCAUCUGUAAUGAUCUCCCUUAAAGGUAGUAGACAAGUAAUCUCAUAACUACACACAUUGCAGAAGGUCCAUGAUAUGGCCUCUUAUCAUACUUUCAUCAAGUGUUAAUUUAUUCUGUUAUUUUAUACCGCACAUAUUAAAAUCAUGAACUGACAAUACCAGAUUAGUGCAGCUAAUUUCUACAAUAAACUAUUUUAUUUUAUUUUGCUGAGCAAUUAUUAGGUAUUCACAUUUAUUAUUUGCUAAAUCUCAAGUAUUUUAUUUAUGCCGUAAUAAAAUUCUACUAUACAAUUUUCAUUUUUGUUUUUUUCGUUAACCUGACUGAAUUUCAUAAAAACGUUGUAGACAAAGCAGUAUAAAUAACACUCUUGCUCGGACAAUGAUUUUUUGGUUUUUUUCGUCACAUCCAAAUAUUGAUCAGAUGCUAAAUGCAUCUUCGCUUUUAUAUAAGUUGUUUUUUUAAUUUGAAUUACCACUCAUUACAGUAAAUUGUGUGCUUGUGUAAAAAAGCUUGGGACAUUUAAUUCUUAUCUUAAAUCUACUUUUAAAUUAAAAAUAUGUGUGCUAAAUUAAUGCAAUCUAAAAUCCUUGAAAAUUUUCACAUUGUAAAUGGUGAAAUGGACCUAUGCAAUUCAUUUUUACAAAAAUAGAAUGGCUUAUGAGAAAAAAAGCAAGUUGUAUGUUUUGUAUUGUCUGUCCAAUGUUUAAACUCACAAAAUAAUUCCAUAAUAAUAUAUGGUCCCAUAAGAAUUUUCAUUUUACUAAGCUCUAUAGUAAAAUUAAAACAUUUUUUGCAUACCAUUAUGAAAUGAAACAGAACUAUUUGAAAUUGAUAAAAUCACAAAGGGUUGUUGAAAUCCUGUCAUGGUAUGCCAUGAAAUAUCAGUUAUUGAAAAUGUUAAUGGACAUUUUAUUAAGUUUUAUGAGUUCUUUGUACUUCUUGAACUUGAAUUAACAUGUAUUGACUCAUCUCUGUGCCCUUCUGCACAAAUUUUUACUAGUUUUAUUCAGAGGUUCUGAAUUUGUGAUUUAUCAAUGACAUUGUUUAGCAAUUUUGUUUGAAAGUGGAGUCUUUGAUAGGUUUUAAUUUUUGAAAAGGAACCAAAUGUUUUUUAAAAUUCUUUCCCAUUAAAUGUUUUAUGUCUUAUGUCAAAUGGGUUUUAGUUUUAGCAGCUAACUUAAGAUUUGACCAAGGUCUGCAUUGGUUUGUCUUCUGUACUUGAAUCAACACAGUCAAAGGGUAAUAAAGGGCAUCUUACCUUGAAAGUUUAACUCUCCUUCAUUAACUUAUUAGAAGGGGAAAAAAAUAUUUCAUAAUCCUUAAACAAAUCCCUCUACAUACAUAGGAGCCAGGAUGAUCAAUAAGGUACUUUGAUCGUGGGCCCUUAAUAUAUAGAAGAAGAAGAACUAGGUUGUUAUAAUAAGUUUGAAUCUUCCCUUUAUAUUAGUAGGAGCCUGUGCCAAUUAGUUAAAAAAUUCACUUAAUAUUUUAAUUUUAAGUCAAGUUUGCCCCCUGAUUAUUUGUAAAAAAGAUAAUGGACCAAAAGUGUACAGCUGGGAUGAUUACAAAAACUCUUUUUCUGAGACCAAGUUUUUGUUACAUUUAAGUUUUAAUCUUCCUUUUUUUUUAAAAUCUUAUCGCCCUUACCAUUUUUCAUUUAUAACUUGUGAAAUUUUGAAAUUUGAAUAUUAUUUUUUUAAAAACUCACUCUUAUCUUGUUGGGGGAAAAGUGUAAAAAAUGUCCUCUGGUUUUUUAAUUAAAAUCACUGGUAUUAAUACUAACAAGACAUAAUAGAAAUAGUAAUUAACUGUAUUAUUCUGCUAGAUUCAUUUAAAUUUAGCUUAGCAUUUGAAAAAUGAAAUUGCUUUUAGUUUUAGGAAAAAGCUCCAAUUUAUAGUUAAUAGUGUCUGCAGCUUGAAUAUUGAUUGAUUUGUCAUCAGAAUGUGAUGUGAAGAAUACACAUUUCUUUUAAAAACCCUUCAAAUUUUAUCACAUAUUGUCAAUAAAUUUGUGUGUAAAAAUACCCAAUAUAAUUGUUACAGAGGUUUACAAUUAUAGCAAUAGUUUGACUGUUGUAUUUCUUUAAUUGGCUAUAUUCAGCUGUUGAAAUCUGUAAUUUUUACUGAGUAUUAGUGGAGAGUGACUCGUUUUUAUUAAAACUACGAUUUCAAUUUAUUUUUUAAAUUGGACACCGGUACAAGAUGUAUAGUGUAUUAUAAUAGUGAAAAUAUAAAAUGUCUUCAGAUGUAUUACAAUUUAAAAAAUUGAUAACUUAAGGUUUUAUUUACAAAAUGCUGUAUUCCUUUAUUUAUUUUUUUUACACAGAGCUUGUUUUCUUUUCUCAUAAUUGAAAAAAAAGGACAUUUGUUUUAAUCAUGUUGACAAUAGGUAAUUAAUU